AAAAUCGGUAAUCGGCCGCUUAUAGGCGGAGAGCGAAUAGCGUUGAUCACAAUAAAUUUUGUGUUGCUUUGGUUUUAUAUCUAUAAUUGCCAUAAUUGUUGAGAACGCAACAAAGGUGGUGGCGGGCAGAGACAGAGACAAAGAGAUUGCGAUCAACACACGACACAAUGCUGCGGGCGAUAGGCAAACGGGACCGCGACAUCUUCGACGAAGUAUGGCCUGAGAAAAGGAAAAUUGUGCUCAAGCUGCUGCGCCAGGAGACGGUGUCGCAACGCGAAUGGCAGGAUCUUUUCUUUGGCGUCCAUUUCGUAUGCUUGUGGGACGAGAAGGGUGCCGCCAAAAUUUACGAUGGCUUGCAGCAGGACAUCGUUGAGUUCAUUGUGCAAGCGCAAUCCAAAGUGCAGGCGCAACGGGGCGAACAGGCGCUACUGGCCACCUACAUCGUGGAAUGGCGGAAAUUCUUCACACAGUCCAAUUACCUGCCACUGCCCUUCCGCCAGCUGGAACAGUCGCCGCAAGUGAAGCCGCCGUCAGGAUCGGGUUCGGCCUCGGGAUCUGGUUCGUCCACAUCCGCCGCGUCCACAUCGAAUGCAGCUGCUGUUGCUGGCGGCUCUUCGUCCAGCAAUCAGGCAGCAUCCUCCAGCAGUUCCUCCACAAAAGCCUCCACAUCGGCCGCAGCAGCGGCCGCCACAUCAUCGUCUGGAGGCGCCUCCAGCACCACAAGUGCAGCAAGUAAUUCGGCUAGUGCCGCGUCCAGCUCCAAGAAGGGCAUUACCGAGGAUAGUCCGGUGCGCAAGCUAAUGCUGGACUCAUGGAACAAGCACAUCUUUCACGACAUUAAGGAUCGUCUGCAGGAGUCGGCCAUGAAGAUUGUGCACGCCGAGCGCAACGGCGACGCUUACGAUGCUCAGUUGGUGGUCGGAGUGCGUGAAAGCUAUGUGAAUCUGUCAUCGAAUGCGGAGGACAAACUGGAGAUAUAUCGCGAGCACUUUGAGAAGGCAUAUCUAAAGGCCACAGCCGAUUUCUAUCGCUUGAAGUCCACGGAGCAGCAGCAGGAAAAUGGAGUACUGGCGUACAUGAAAUAUGCAGAUGCCAAGCUGCGUGAGGAGGAGGUGCGAGCAAAGCGUUAUUUGGAACCCAGCAGCUUUAAUAUACUCACAUGUCGGCUGGUCAAAGUUCUGAUUGUGGAUCACUUGAAUUCGAUAAUAGCCGAGUGUCCAGCGCUGAUACGGGACUAUGAAACGGAUCGUUUAAAUCUAAUGUUUCGCCUCAUGGAUCGUGUGCUAGACGGCGAGGGUGUCGAGGCAAUGAUGGGGGAUCUGCAGCGGCACAUUAAGUCCGCGGGUUUGGCGGACAUGCAGUCGGCAUCGGAGAUUAUCACACAGGACUCGGAGAAGUAUGUGGAACGGCUGCUGGAGUUGUUUAACAAGUUCAGCGAUCUGGUGCGCAAUGCCUUCAACGAUGAUCCGCGCUUCCUCACUGCCCGCGACAUUGCCUUCAAGAUGGUGGUCAACGACACCAGUGUGUUCAAAAUGGAGCUGCCCACAAGCAUUGCGAAUCGUGGCGUCAAAUACACGGCGCCCGAAAGCAAAUGCCCCGAGCUCUUGGCCAACUAUUGUGACAUGCUGUUGCGUCGUACGCCGCUCAGCAAAAGAUUGACGAGCGAGCAGAUCGAUGCGCGUCUUCGAGAUGUGCUGCUCGUGCUCAAGUAUGUGAACAACAAGGAUGUCUUUAUGCGCUACCACAAGGUGCACUUAACGCGACGCUUGAUUUUGGGCACGAGUGCGGACAGCGAAAAGGAGGAGGACAUUGUCGAGUGGCUACGCGAGGUGGGCAUGCCGGCAGACUAUGUCAAUCGGCUGGCUCGCAUGUUCCAGGACAUUAAGGUCAGUGAAGAUCUAAAUACUCAAUUCCGUAAUUCGAUAAGUCGGCACGAUGCCAUCAAUAUUAAAAUACUCAAUGCGGGCGCCUGGGCGCGAUGUUCGGAGCGUGUCUCGGUGUCGUUGCCCAUCGAACUGGAGGACUACAUACCCGAUGUGGAGGAGUUCUACAAGAAGAAGCAUUCCGGCCGCAAACUGCAAUGGUAUCAUCACAUGAGCAACGGCACCAUCACGUUCGUUAACAAUUUUGGUCGCUAUGAUCUCGAUGUGACCACUUUUCAAAUGGCUGUGCUCUUUGCCUGGAACCAAAGGCAGCACGAUAAGAUCUCCUAUGAGAAUCUACGUCUGGCCACCGAGCUGCCAGAUCCUGAGCUGAGACGCACGCUGUGGUCGCUGGUCGCCUUCCCGAAAAUCAAGAAGCAGAUACUGCUCAUGGAGCCAACGGCCAUUGGUUCGCCCAAAGAUUUUGCUGAGAACACCAUGUUCUAUAUCAAUCAGGAGUUUGCCAUUGUCAAGAAUGGCAAAUCUCAGCGACGUGGCAAGCUCAAUCUUAUUGGUCGCCUGCAGCUGAGCACAGAGCGCUCACAGCAGGAGGACAAUCAGUCCAUUGUGCAGCUGCGCAUAUUGCGCACCCAGGAAGCCAUCAUUAAGAUCAUGAAGGUGCGCAAACGCAUGAACAAUGCAGCACUGCAGGCGGAGCUUAUCGAUAUACUGAAGAACAUGUUCCUGCCAUCAAAGAAGAUGAUCAAGGAGCAGCUCGAGUGGCUAAUCGAGCACAAGUAUAUGCGACGGGAUGACGACGACAUCAAUAUGUUCAUUUAUGUGGCCUAACCAGCUGCAGCUUUCGCAGCUCCCUUGCCUAAGAUGAUGUUGAUGAUGAUAACCAACCAACCAUUCCUUUCCAGCACUCCUACGAUUCCUUCCCUCCACAGCUAUGUUCCCAUUAGUUCUCAAUUUGUUGUGUGCUCUAAGCGCGCGCUUAACUUAUUUCUUCUUCAUAUCUCAGCCAAAAUCAUAUUAUUAUUAGUGUGCUCUUGGCCAUAUGUAUACUAUCUAUCUAUCUUAACUAUCUAUUAUGUAUGUUUUCGGGGUUUCUUCUACACUACUUUGGUAUAUACAAUUUUGUUGAUAUUGCGUCCUGGGCAGCUUUUUUACAAGAAUUAUUUCUUUUUUAGCUUUUUACACGAAUUAUUUCUUUUUAGUGUAUUUUCUGUGCGUAAACUUGCUUAUUUAUGCUAUUAUUAUUAUUAUUGUAUUUUUUGGGCCUUUUGCCACCGCAGCUUAAGUUUUACAGUCAGUCAUUUAUUUCUUUCUAUCUGUUUUCCCAAUUAAUUGUUUUGUCCUUUUUUUUGAAUUAUUGCUUAGGUGUUUUGUAAAGUCUCCUUCUGUUGAUAAGCACACCACCCACAACCAACACACUCACACACACACACCAGCACACUUACACACACACACUGACAACUCUUGUCCGUUGUGUUCACUUUUUUUGUUGUUGCAAGUUGAAUCUCUUCGAAACCACAGAAAAAACACAACACACACACACUUAUACGAAGGCAAAACUAAAAACUAGAAUAGCAAUAUUAUAUGUUUAAGUUAAUGAAAUUAUAAAGCAUAUAAAUUGUAUUUUAAAUAAAUUAAGUAUAAACACAAA